GCUGUUAGUAGGUGAAAGGUGAGAAGAGACAGAUUCAUUCUUCAUUCUUCACCUCCAGCAGUUCUCCAACAGUUCUCCAACAACAGACCCUCAGCAUGCUGCAGAACACAGGGAAGCUCGCCGGCUGCACGCUCUUCAUUACUGGGGCGAGCCGCGGCAUCGGGAAGGCGAUCGCUCUGAAGGCCGCCAGAGAUGGCGCCAAUAUCGUCAUCGCCGCCAAGACGGCCGAGCCCCACCCCAAACUCCCCGGAACCAUCUACACGGCGGCGCAGGAGGUGGAGGCGGUGGGUGGGAAGGCUCUGGCGUGUGUGGUGGACAUCAGAGACGAGCAGCAGAUCGGAGAUGCCGUUCAGAAAGCCGUCGACAAGUUCGGAGGAAUCGACAUCCUGGUGAACAACGCCAGUGCCAUCAACCUGACAGGAACUCUGGAGACGCCCAUGAAGAAGGUGGACCUGAUGCUAGGGAUCAACCUGAGAGGAACAUAUGUCACGUCGAAGCUGGUCCUUCCUCACCUGUUGAAGAGUUCUCGUCCUCACAUCCUGAAUCUUUCUCCGCCGCUCAACCUGAACCCUGUCUGGUUCAAGAACCACACAGCGUACACCAUGGCGAAGUACGGCAUGUCCAUGUGUGUCCUGGGGAUGGCCGAAGAGUUCAGAGGUCAAGUCGCUGUCAACGCCCUCUGGCCCAAAACUGCGAUCCAGACGGCAGCGAUGGAGAUGCUGGGUGGCGAGGGCGUGGCUAAACAGUGUCGUACUGCUGACAUCAUGGCAGAUGCCGCCUACGCCGUGCUGUCCCAGCCUAAGGACUUCACGGGUCACUUCCUGGUGGACGAGGACGUCCUGAAGCAACGCGGCAUCCACAACUUCGACCAGUAUGCCGUCCAACCAGGUAACCCUCUGCUGCCGGACUUCUUCCUGGACGCGGAGCCCGAGGAGCUGGUCGACCACAUGGAGAAACAUGGGGCAACCCCCGCUUUCAAACUGCCAUCUUCAGCCUCGGCCACGGCCACCUCCAGUGGACCAAUAGAAAGCACGUUUGAUGUCAUCAGAGCAGUCAUCAACGAAGAUGUCGUCAAGUCGACGCAAGGCAUUUAUCAGUUUGACCUAUCAGGAGAACACAGUGGCGUUUGGUUCCUGGACCUUAAGAGCGGCGCUGGCUGCGCGGGCCAGGGCCAGCCACCCGUCAAAGCUGACGUCGUCAUGACGAUGGACUCCAACGACUUCAGCAAGAUGUUUGCAGGGAAGCUGAAGCCGACGCUCGCCUUCAUGGCGGGUAAGCUGCGCAUCAAAGGCGACAUGACGCUCGCCAUCAAGCUGGAGAAACUGAUGGGCACCAUGAACAAGUCCAAGCUGUGAUGCUGAAGCCCCACCCCUGGCCGCCACAUGUCCCGCCCCCUGUAUCUCUACAUGUUGCCUUAAGGACACUAAUAUAAUAAGGACUAAUAAUAAUAAUGAUAAUAAUAAUUAAUAAAACCUGCCUUGAUAAUAAACUGAAGAUGUUUUUUAACAUUA